UUAUGCCGUUAAAACAUGUGGCCUUUUCUUAUUAGAAACGUAUUUUUAUCUCUUUAGAUUUUCUUCAAUAAAAAAUUUGCAAAUUUUUAUUCAUAACAGCAAUUGCAAUUUCUUAAAAUAUUUAUUCUUGAUUUAUAAUUUAAAAAAUAAAUUAGUUGUUUCCCUGAAGUUUGUUGGCACAAUUUUCUAUUGCAAUGUCACUCUCCGUCAUCGUAAUUUUAUUUUGCAAACGCUUUGAUCUAUUUAUUUUAUGAAAUUAAUUGAUACCUUUAAUCAUGGCUAAACCAUUGCAAAAGGAGAGAGAAAACAGAUCAGCGGAAAAGAAGGAUUUAACUUUCCAUCCCUAUAAUAUAACUCCGGAGAGCGCACAUACUUCAAUACUGCUGUUAGAGUCUGCUGAGCCUGAGAUAUUAUGCCAGACUCUUCGAGCAAUAACCAAGUUCUCAGCACAAGAGAUGCAUAACCGUUACGUCCUGUUCGACUUGGACGCUAUAAAAUACAUUUUACCUCACGUGGAACAUCCAGAGUUGAAUAUCAAACGGUUUGCUCUGAAGGCUUUAGCGCAACUCUGUCAGUUGCCUAGAGGACCAGAACAGGUACUGGCCAAUCCUCAGAACUUGAGGAAAAUCGCUUUUAUGCUGGUGAAGAUAGAAGACGUAUUCGUGUUAGAAUUUGCGUCCCUCGUCCUAUCAGAAUUGACUCGCGAACCGCUCGGAUGUGAGCAGCUGGUGUCAGCGAAUAUAUUGAAUAGCCUGUGCGGUAGGAUGAAGAACAGUCUUGAUCCUGAUGUUCAAAAGAAUUGUCUUCAAACACUAAGUAACCUACUAGAAGACCCAGUUUGCGCGUCAGAAGUGACAAAGAACCAACAAUUCAGUUGGGCCUCUCUUCUCGCUCUAAUGCAAAGCCAAUACUUAGCUAUACAACACGCUGCCCUAAAGACCGUGGACCAAUUGAUAUGUAGGUACAAGGAUGUGGUCGUGCAGAAGUCGUUUAGAGCCUCUACGGGUGUACUGGAUCUGUGUGAUAUACUUGAGUCCUACGAAUUCCGGGACGUACAUACUCAAGUGUUAGGCGUAUUACGCAACUACGUAGAAACAGAAGAGAACGCAGCACAUUUGUACCAAUCUGGGUGUAUUCUGCGUUUACUGGCGUAUCUAGAGAUGGCCCUACCGGCUAUGAAGCCACACUGCCUUGCUGUGCUUACUAAAAUGUCGUUCACUUCUAAUGGACGUGAUGCUUUAUAUGAAACGGGUACAGACCUCGUAUUCUGUCAUCAACUAUUGAGUUCAAAUGUUGAAUUGCUAGCCGACGCGGCUAUGGGUGUUGCCAACAUGACGAAGUUAUUGCCGGCCGCUGUGAGGAUGUCCGAUACCAACAUUAUAGAAGCGUUGUGUGCCAUAUUAGCAGAUGAUGCAGCAGUUUGGUUCUAUAUAAGGAUGAAUGCUCUCCGUGCUUUGUCGGAGUUAUGUCGGAUCAUACCUAAAGCUGCCUACAGCGCGAUCGAACCUAAGACCUUUGCUUCUUUGAGGAAUAUUAAUAAAAAGUUCAAAGACAAUCCGAUAGAAGCGCAACGCCUAGCAGUGCAAUGCUACAUCAAUUUGCAGAACUACCAUGUUAGCACUAAAGCGAUGCUUAACGCUGAAUUUAUGCAAGAGUUACUUAAUAUUUUACAGCGCAUAGACAUCAGUUUGAAAAUAAUGACGUGCACCGUGAUUAGUGGGCUGAUGAAGGAGGACAUGGCUAAAGACUUGUUCACAUCGAAAAAUGGAGAGGAGGUGGUGUCAAAUAACCUACGUAUAGAGCACGUGGGUCUCCGCACCGCGUUGUGUUUAUUAAUUGCCGCCAGCGUGUCGGAAGAUGGCGCUGAUGUGUAUUUGGACUUGGGGACUAUACAUUUCAUGGUAGAAAACAAGCAAGCAAGAUACGUAGUGAGCGCGUGGGAGCCGGCGCUAGAAGCGAUAUUCCGGCAACAUCCGUCUGCCAAGUUUGCGUACACUGGGAGAUUGGAUAUUAAUGAUUUUACACAGGAGGGUUUCUACGUCCAAAAGUGCCUAAACAGUCCGUUCCCAACGAUCCAGUCACUCGUGAACAAGACUCCCCCUCACACCGACCCAGUGUAUAUCUGCAUGUUCCACCAGCCCUUUGACGCUGUGUCCAAUAUGGAUAUACGGACCCCCUACGAAUCAGAAUCGCGUCUGGCGAUAUCGCAGUCGAGUCGACUGCGUUUGCCCAAACUGCCUGAUGAUGUCAAUUUGCGACAGUAUUUGCUGAGAUUGAAGAUUUGGUUUGGUGAUCCGGCUAAAUCUCUACAUUACUUCGAGAUUGAAGAUGCUCAUUAUGAAGUAAGGUACCGCGACAAAUGCGAAGAAGUAUCGUCAUCUCUCAAGAACCGAGCCCAACUGCUCGCCGAGUUUGUAGCUGAACAAAUGUCCGGUUUGUCGCAAGAAAAGGACUGCACUAUGCCCAGUGUUAACUUGCACUUGUCCGAUUUGAUGGAAGAGCUAGGCUCUUGCGUAGUGGGUAUCGGGUGGGUGAAAUGCGGGGGGAUGUUAGAGCGGGCCGUGCUGUACAAAGUGGUCGCGGACCGCGUGGGGCUGCCCUGCGCGUUGUACCGAGCGGGCACACGGGCCUGGUGCGAGAUAGCCGUGCCGGAGAUAACGGAAACAACAGACAAAGAAGAAAGUUACCCAGCCGGGUUACUCCGGGCCAACUACGUAGUGGACCUCACUCUAUCCCCGGGAACACUUGUACCGCGAGAGAGUCCGAUCGCGCAGAAAAUCUGCGGGAAUAGCGCACCUUGUACUGCUAGAGAGUUGGUGGAUGUGUGUCGGUGUGAACACUAGCUUGUGAUAAUGAAAUAAAGAAUGAUGUGUAAA